UCAGAGGUGAAGCGUCGGCGUGGCUGAACGUGUCCUGGCCCUCGCGCUUGCCAAACAGAAUGUGUACCGUUUGGCCGCCUCGAUGCGCUUCAUGGACGUUGCCAUGGCCUCCUUCUCCCUCCCUUGCUGACUCUGCACAUACCCACACGCCAUGCCACGCCAGGCAUAGAGAGAGAGACGGAUGUGUAUGCUAUGUGUGUCUGUGUGUGUGAAGACAUGGGUGUGUGGUGGGGAUGGGGUGGUUUUCGGCUGACUGACCAUCGCGUUCUUGAUGAGAUAGUCCAGCCCCUCCUUCAACAACUUCUUCUGCAGCUGAGGGACCGCACACAAACGCAACGUGUUCAUCGUGCCGUCCAUCCAUUCGUCCGAUGUGCCCCCGCUCGGCUCACCUUGUGGGUGAUCUGCAUAUCAAACAGAUGGGCGGCCUUCUCCUUCCUGACACUAUCGUCAUCGGCCUCGGCCUCAGCCUGGGGUGGGGUAGCGGUGGGGUGGCUGUGUGGCACCACUGUGGCGUCGGGCAGCAUCAUAUCACCGUCCACACGCAGAAGGGGGGGUUCGUGGUGGGGGGGCACCAGCGCCAUCACCACCUCGUCCAUCAUGGACAGAUACAU